UUGUCCGUACCACUACGUAAUGCGCCCCUGUAGUCUUGACUGUGGAACCCCAAGUGCGGACCUGCCAACGCCCGGCAUAAAGACACAAACAGAGAGGAUACGAUCUUGAAUGAGAACAGUGGAUCCUAACAAAGCACAGCUAUGCAGACCAUUAAGUGUGUUGUCGUGGGCGACGGUGCCGUGGGUAAAACCUGUCUUUUAAUUUCGUACACGACCAACAAAUUCCCCUCUGAAUACGUACCUACGGUCUUCGAUAACUAUGCAGUAACGGUUAUGAUUGGAGGGGAACCGUACACCCUAGGAUUAUUCGACACCGCAGGUCAGGAAGAUUACGACAGGUUACGACCCCUGAGCUACCCCCAGACCGACGUCUUCUUAGUCUGCUUCUCCGUCGUCUCUCCCUCCUCGUUUGAAAACGUUAAAGAGAAGUGGGUACCCGAAAUCACCCACCACUGUCCAAAGACCCCGUUCCUGCUGGUGGGGACGCAGAUCGACCUGCGGGACGACCCGUCCACCAUCGAGAAGCUCGCCAAAAACAAGCAGAAGCCCGUCACCCCGGAGACGGCCGAGAAGCUGGCGCGCGACCUGAAGGCCGUGAAGUACGUGGAGUGCUCCGCCCUCACGCAGAGGGGUCUGAAGAAUGUGUUUGAUGAAGCUAUCCUAGCUGCCCUUGAGCCUCCAGAAACACAGAGAAAAAGGAAGUGCUGUAUAUUUUAGUUUUACCCCCUCCCUCCUCAAAAGAAGUGCUGUAUAUUCUAGUAUUAUCCCCCCUCCCCC